AUGAAAAACUUAAAGAAAGGAAUUUAUUUAAUUUUUGUCCAGAUAUGUUUCUUAAUAAUAAAUUGUCAUGGAAACUAUACAAGGCCAAAUGCUAGUAUUGCAGAUCCAUAUCCAACAACUUUUGAAGAAACUUAUCCAGGAAUUGAUAAAUUGGAUUUCCUAGUAUUUGGUGAUUGGGGAUAUCAAGGAUCUGACUCUAGGCAAUCAGUUGUUGCAUCAGCUAUGAAAACCUGGGCAGAUAAUAAUAAUACUACGUUUAUUCUUUCUCUUGGUGGUAUUUUAUCUGAUCAUUCAAAAUCUAAUAAUUUUUAUACAAGUAAUUCAACAGAUCACGAAGGAGUUGAUUCAAUUUAUGAUCCUAAAUGGAAGACUAGUUGGCUUGAUGUUUACGGUGGUAAAUUAAAGGAUCUUGUUUGGUAUACUGUUGCAGGAAAUCAUGAUUGGUAUACAAACGUAACAGCAGAAGUUGACUACUUUUGGGAAAUAGACCAAAGAUUCUUCCUUCCAUCACUCUAUUACGUACGUACAGUAACAUUCGGAUCUAAAAAAAUUAAAGCAUCAUUUAUUCAUAUCGACACAGAUCCUCUAUAUUACCCUUAUGAUAGUUUAACAAAUGUUGAUAAUUUAAAAGCGACUUUGUUAGCAUUAGGUUUAAAUACUCCUGAUGCAAUUGAAUCAAAGAUAAAAUGGAUAGAACAACAACUUAAAAAUGUUCAAGAUUCUAAAUGGAUUUUUGUUGUUGGUCAUCAUCCAUUAAUAUCCGGUAAUUGCUCUUCAAUUUAUUAUAUGUCUAGAUUACCCCCUCUUUUUGAAAAAUAUAAUGUGGCUGCUUAUCUUGCCGGUCAUGUUCAUAAACUUGAAUAUCAAGAAGUUAAUUCAACUUCUCAUGUGGCCUAUUUUACUACCGGUGCCGGUAGUAAAACCCAAUUUGAGGGUUGUGAUGGUCCCAGUUGGUUCAUGCCUGGUGGUGGUCCUGAGGGGACCAGGGGGUUUUUACAUGUUUGGAUUCAAGAAGACGGUGAAAAGUUAGGCUUUGAAUUUAUUAAUUCUACUACUGCUGAUAAACAGCCUGUUUCUGUUUAUCAAGGUUCUCUUAAUCCUCGUGCUUUAUCUCAAAACGUAAGUAAUUCUUAUAAAGUCUUUCCUUCUGGAACUCUUUUAAUGAUUAUUUUCGUUAUUGUAUUUUUAUCUUAA